CAAAUACUUGAAGGCUUAAACCUCUAUUUUUUUUCAUUUUCAAAAGAUGGCUCUCCUCCAAAUCCACACACUUCCUCAUCAAAUUCCUUCACUUUCACCCAUUGUUUCUUCAUCAAAAAUACAUUCCCAAAACUCACUCUUCUUCUCUACAACAAAGGUUAGACCUUUCUCACUUUCAACACAACCCAGAAAGCUGCUUUGCAAACCCCCACUUGGCAAAUAUGUCAGGGAAGAUUAUCUUGUGAAAAAGAUGUCAUCUCAAGAAAUUGAGGAGCUAGUAAGAGGGGAGAGAAGAGUACCCAUAAUUAUUGAUUUCUAUGCAACAUGGUGUGGGCCUUGUAUUUUGAUGGCUCAAGAACUUGAAAUGCUAGCAGUGGAGUAUGAGAAAAAUGCAAUUAUUGUCAAAGUUGAUACCGAUGAAGAGCAUCAAUUUGCGCAAGAUAUGCAGGUUAGAGGGUUGCCUACUUUAUUCUUCAUCAGUCCUGAUCCAAACAAAGAGGCAAUCCGGACUGAAGGCCUUAUUCCGAUACAAAUGAUGCGCGAUAUACUAGACAACGAGAUGUGAGAAGAAGACUGAUUAUUUACUGCAUAACCGAAUUAAGGUACCAGAUUUUGCUUCAAAGUGUUAAUAUAUAUUUUCCGGUGCUGAUUUGAUGCACAAUGUAGUAGGGAAACUGUAUGAUGUUGUAGCAAACUUGGGAUGGAGUUUAAACAAAUUUAUGAUCUAUUUAUUGUAUAGAUGGCAUGUCAACUAUCUCUUCUUUGUCAAAGGAUUAUAAACUAGUUUAAUUGAGGGAAUUGCGUUGAGAUUUCGUUA